AUGGGUGACUGGAACCUGCUGGGCAGCAUCCUGGAAGAGGUCCACAUUCACUCCACUAUUGUGGGAAAGAUCUGGCUCACCAUACUCUUCAUCUUCCGCAUGCUGAUCCUGGGUGCUGCCGCCGAGGACGUAUGGGACGAUGAGCAGUCUGAGUUUGUCUGCAACACUGACCAGCCGGGCUGCAAGGCGGUCUGCUAUGAUCGUGCCUUCCCCAUCUCCCUCAUCCGAUUCUGGGUCCUGCAGGUCAUCUUUGUGUCCGCCCCCUCGCUGGUAUACAUGGGCCAUGCCCUCUACUGCAUUCGAACACUGGACAAAGAGCGACACCGGAAACGAGCCCAGCUAAAAGACGAGAUGGAUGACGCUGAGCUGGCGGCGGAGGAACAUAAGCGCAUGGAGAGGGAGCUGAGGAGGCUAGAUGAGCAGAGGAAGGUGAAGAAGGCUCCUCUAAGAGGCUCUCUGCUGAGAACCUACAUCAUCCAUAUCCUUACACGCUCUGUGGUGGAGGUCUCCUUCAUUCUGGGCCAGUAUGUUCUCUAUGGAGUUCAACUGAAGCCCCUCUAUAAGUGUGAGAGGUUGCCCUGCCCCAACAGUGUGGACUGUUACAUCUCCAGGCCCACAGAGAAGACCAUCUUCAUGGUCUUCAUGAUCGCCAUCGCUGGUGUGUCACUAUUCCUGAAUGUUCUAGAAAUAUCUCACCUGGGCAUCAGAAAAAUCAAACGGACUCUUUAUGGAGAGAGAUACAAGGAGGACGACAGUUUGAUUUACAAGAACAGGAGAAAGACAUCUUUACCACAGCUCUGUGUAAUGAGUAAUGUAUCACCUCAUAAUGGACCUUUGACUCAGACCUUCAAGGUUAUCCCGGAGGCCAACAUCAAGUCUCCUUAUUUUAACUCGGGGCUCAAAGCCAGCCAUGAUACACAGAGACAGUAUGGCCUGACUCAACUGAUACAGUCCAACUUUGUCUGCCCCCAGCCCAUGAUGCCGCUGACAACAGGCCAGAACUGUGCUAUGCAGGCCCCACAAACCCAUGAGGUUCCGGAAGUCCACACAGCCAUUGUGGACGACUUUGGCAGGUCGUCCGCAGUGUCAAAUGAGGACAGGCUCACAACAGUCCACAAUGACGAACCUCACGAGAGCGAACACCCCCAGUCAUACCUGCUCCAGCCGUGCCAUAUUGAGGCUCUGCUGGCCAGCAGCAACAUCAGGCCCAGCACUAUUAGAGAGUACGAGGAUGAGAGAAGGGACUCAGCAGCAAGCGAGGUCAUGAUCCCUAACCCCCGGAAGACCAGCGUUAUGAUCAGACCACCAUCUGAGAGCUUGUCCUCCAUGACUGGCUCCACUAGCCCGUCUCUACAUACCUCUGAGGAGUCCGAUGAACUGGGCUCCCUGCAGGGGGACAUGCCAAUGAUGCCUCCAGCUGGAGGACGGAGAAUGUCAAUGGUAUGUAUCACAGAGAUGGAUCUGCAUAUGGGUCUGGAUCUCAUUUAA